AUGGAGAACGCAACAAGCGCUCGCACGCGCUUCUCGCAGCUCAACCUCACCACUGAGCCGCUGUUGGCAUCGGACGGGUCGGCCGGUAACUUCUUCGAGCAGGCCGCGGCCGCUAUCGAAGCAUGCAGUGGCUCCCAGCCUGAUGCGGCAGCCGCGUCCUCUGACGGCGGAACGGACGAGGACGCUGCCAAGGCGCAGGCGCUACUCGCUGGGUUGGCAGAGUAUCUGGGCAAGUUUCCUGAGGCGCUGCGCAGCGUGCUACGCACCUGGAUAGGCGCGCGCCUUAGCGGCGGCGACCAGGUGGUGUCAAAAGCAGCGGACGAGCGCUUACACCGCGCUCUCGUGCAGCUGGUGCAAGGCGGCUCGCGCCCGCCUCAUACCGUCGAGACGGGACUGGUCGGCUGCAGCGACGACGGCGCGCUCGAGAUUCACCUUAUCGGCGAAGACAACAAGCUCAAGCCAACGCCUCGCGCCUUCCUCGGCCUCCACGCGGCGCAGCUCAGCAGCCGGCCUCUGCUGAGCAACCUGCUGCGCCGCGUGCGCACGCGGCACGUGCACCAGGCCGCCGACGACACGGACCUCGACCUGCUCUACGUGAUGCUGGCGGACGGCCUGCUGCCGUAUGCCGGGCAGGCGCGGAGACGGCGGCGCCGCACGACCUUUCCUCGGGGCCGCGUCUACGAGGAGAGGCGCGACAUUACCGUGCUACUCACGUUGCUCGAGCAGCUGCGGCGCGCUGCCAGCCGAGAGUGGUCGGACGAGGAGCUGCUCUCGGCGACAGAACCGGAGCUCGCGCGGGAGGCACGGCACGCCUUGCUGCCGGGGACGACAACGCGCUCGGCCGUCUGCGCGCUCGCCGCGCGCAACGGGCCGCUCACGCUUGGGUGGGCGCCCGUCACCAUUGAGGUGGCGCGUGAGUGGCUCAUGAACGACGUGGGCUUCCAGCCUGCUGUCAUCAACGGCGCGUCCGUCGACGCGCUCGAGGGGUUCAUGGUGAUUGUGCUCGAGGCCGAGGGCGGCAGCCUAAACAUGCGCCUCCACCUCACCGCCGUCUUGCGGGCGCUGGGCGCGUCCGUCACCUCGCCGCUGAUCACGACCGCUCUCGAAAAAAUCGACACGGCAUCGGCCGGCGCCGCCACUGCGACGGAGAUUGUGCUUCGGGCGGCGGCGGCCUUUGACGGCUCGACCGUGGGCUUUUGUCGCUGGGCGAGCCGCCGAUUUGCCGGCAACAUGAACCCGCGCGCCAAGAUCCCAGAGGAGAGCUCUUCGCUCCUCGUCGAUGCGACACUGGUUCUGGCAGCGUUGAGUGGCGUGGAGGACGAGGAGGAGCAGGAGGAGCUUGUGGCCGCCAUUUUGCGCGAGGCCCAGCUGCACUGCGGCUGGGCGCUGCCCGCUGAGCUCAGCGUGGCAACGGAGUCGCCGCGCGCCGUCGCGUCGCUGUUUGUCGAAUAUUUUCUUUCUGGCUGGGCCGAGGGCGAGUCGAGCCUGGGCGACGCGGAAUAG